CUUGUUUUAGUCGCUUCUUAAACUGUGUUCAAUAUAAACGUGCGACUCUUGGUCAGCUUUAAACAAAAUAUUUUUUUUUUCCUCAUAAAUGUGGACAGUUUAAAAAUGGCUUAUUUAGUUAAUCUUUUAAUGUGUUUAUUUGUUACUGUUAUAAAUUGUUAUGAAGUGCCACCAGCUAAACUAGAAGCGAUAUAUCCCAAAGGGUUAAGAGUUUCCGUUCCAGACGAUGGUUUUAGUCUAUUUGCUUUCCAUGGCAAACUCAAUGAGGAGAUGGAAGGUCUAGAAGCGGGACAAUGGUCUCGUGACAUAACGAAGGCGAAAAACGGAAGAUGGACGUUCAGAGAUCGAGAAACAGCGCUGAAAAUUGGAGAUAAAGUAUACUUCUGGACAUACGUGAUUAAAAACGGUCUAGGAUAUAGACAGGAUAAUGGUGAAUGGACAGUCACAGGUUUCGUGGAUGAAGAAGGUAUUCCUGUUAACGACAAUGGUACCCCAAUGGAUGUGACAACGCCAGUACCAGUACCAACUGACUCUAACACAAUCCCUACUGUACGUCCAACUUCACCAACUAUGCCACCUUGUGAAUUAUCCCCAACACAGGUGUCAAUGCCAGGUUUCGUUUGUAAAGGUCAAUUACUUUUCGAAGACAACUUUAACGCUAAAAUCGAAACAGGACAAGUAUGGAAACAUGAAAUUAGAUUUCCAGGAGAACCUGACUACCCUUUCAACGUUUAUAUGUCUGAAGAUAAUGUUCGCGUUAAAGAUGGACACCUUCUAAUUACACCAGUCACGUUGGAAUCUAAAUACGGUGAAGACUUUGUCAGACAAACACUGGAUCUUACAGCUAGAUGCACUGGAGUUCUAGGGUCCAAUGAUUGUCAACGCACAGCAUCUGGGCCUCACAUACUGCCGCCUGUCGUCACAGCAAAGAUAACUACUAAGAGUAGAUUCAACUUCAAAUACGGCAAAAUCGAAGUUCGUGCAAGAAUGCCGUUUGGACAUUGGCUCAUACCUGAGAUACAACUGGAGCCACGUGACAAAGUCUACGGACUUACUAACUACGCGUCUGGCUUGUUACGAAUUGCCACAGUUAAGGGUAAUCUUGAAUCCUCCAAGAUAUUGUACGGUGGCCCUAUUAUGUGUGAAUCUGAUCCAUAUAGAUCAGCACAUCUGAAAGAGAAGAUCAAUAGUGACUACUGGGCCAGAGACUUCCAUAACUUCACUAUGAUAUGGCGACCAGAUGGAAUUUCUCUUCUCGUGGACGGAGAACAGUACGGAGAAGUGACACCAGGGGAAGGAUUUUAUGAAGAGGGACAAAAUAACAAUGUAACAGCAGCGCCGCAAUGGAAGAAGGGUACUGUUAUGGCUCCAUUUGAUGAACUGUUCUACAUCUCGCUUGGUCUUAGCGUUGGUGGCAUCCGUGAGUUUCCAGACUCUCCCAGCAAACCCUGGACUAACGGAUCGCCAAAAGCAAUGCUGAAGUUCUGGAACUGCCGCGACCAAUGGCUGCACACGUGGAACUCUGAAUUUAAUACUCUUAAAGUGGAUUAUGUUAGAGUUUUUGCACUGUAAAAGAUUCUUGAACGGAGCUGAGGUCUUUCGAGUCAUUUAAAAAUCAAUCAAUUACAAGAUUUAUUAGACGAAGAAAAAUAAAUUUUUAUUAACAAAA